AUGAGUAUGAGUUAUCCGGGUAAGAAUCAUGUGGCCCCCAGUAUAAGUUGCAAAAUACUGAUAGAUAUAGAGUAUCAGUCAAGUUCAAUAAAUCAUGAAGUAAUGAUCAAAGAUGAAGAUGUGUACGAACGAAGAGCUUUAAAAAUCAAAAAGAAACAAAAUUUACGGGACAGCAGCAAGUUUAUAAAAUAA